GAGAGAGAGAGAAGAAUGAUUAAGGGGAGAAGGGACCCACGAAAUGAGAAAGAAAGUGGUGUAUCUGCUGGCAUGACAGACUGGUUUCAAGCAUCAAACAGCAUAACAUAAUCACUUUCUCUUCACACCCACCCAUCCAUCUUCCUCUUUUUCUUCCCUCAACCGUUCAACAAUAACCACAAUAACAACAACCACCCUUCAAUCCUCCAUGGCUCAAGAACCCCAAAACCCACCUCCUCCUCAGGAAGUGCCCCCUCUUGUCGACCCUGUCCCUGUUGACAACCCACCCACCACCGAACCUCAGCCUGAACCUCAACCUGAACCUGAAGUCAAACCGCCCACCACCGAAGCUCAACCUGAAACUGAAACCCUGGAGAAGGCCCAGACCGCUGUUGAAGACAAGAUUUCCGAAUCGGUUUCGUUCAAGGAGGAGACCAACGUCGUCGGCGACCUCCCCGAGGCGCAGAAGAAAGCCCUUGAUGAACUCAAGAAGCUUGUUCAAGAAGCGCUCAACAAGCAUGAACUAACCGCGCCCAAGCCAGAACCAGAGAAGAAGAAGCCAGACAUCGUCAAGGAGCCCGCAGAAGAAGCGGAGAAGAAGGAAGUUGAAGUGAUCGAAGAGAAGAAGGAAGUUGAAGUGACCGAAGAGAAGAAGGAUGUUGAAGUGACCGAAGAGAAGAAGGAAGUAGAAGUGACAGAAGAGAAGAAGGAAGUUGAAUUGACAGAAGAGAAGAAGGAUGUUGAAGUUAAGGAAGAGAAAAAGGAGGUUGAAGUGACAGAAGAGAAGAAGGAUGUUGAAGUUAAGGAAGAGAAGAAGGAAAUCGAAGUAACAGAAGAGAAGAAGGAAGUAGAAGUGACAGAAGAGAAGAAGGAAGUAGAAGUGAAGGAAGAGAAGAAAGAUGUAGAAGUGACGGAAGAGAAGAAGGAAGUAGAAGUGAGGGAAGAGAAGAAGGAAGUGGAAGUGACAGAAGAGAAGAAGGAAGUGGAAGUGACAGAAGAGAAGAAGGAAGUGGAAGUAACAGAAGAGAAGAAGGAAGAAGAGGUGACAGAAGAGAAGGAGGUGGUUGUUCCGGAGGAAGUUGAGAUAUGGGGAAUUCCGCUGCUGGCGGACGAGAGGAGCGAUGUGAUUCUGCUAAAGUUUCUGAGAGCGAGGGAUUUCAAGGUAAAGGAUGCCUUCACCAUGCUCAAGAACACCGUGCGUUGGAGGAAGGAAUUCGGAAUCGACGCUCUGGUCCUCGAAGAUUUCGGAACUGAUUGGGACAAGGUGGUGUUCACCGAGGGACACGACAAACAAGGGCACCCCGUCUGCUACAACGUCUUCGGCGAGUUCGAGAAUAAGGAUUUGUACAACAAGACCUUUUCGGACGAGGAGAAGCGCAACAAGUUCAUCAGGUGGAGGAUUCAGGUGCUGGAGAAGAGCGUGAGAAGCCUCGACUUCUCUCCCACCGCCAUCUCCACCAUUGUGCAGGUCAACGACCUCAAGAACUCUCCGGGACUCGGCAAGAGUAACCUCAGGCAGGCCACCAAUCAGGCCCUUCAAUUGCUUCAGGAUAACUACCCUGAGUUUGUGGCCAAGCAGAUAUUUAUCAAUGUUCCCUGGUGGUACCUUGCCUUUUCUAGGAUGAUCAGUCCCUUCUUCACACAGAGGACCAAGAGCAAAUUUGUGUUUGCUGGGCCAUCCAAGUCUGCGGAAACCCUUUUCAAAUAUAUUGCUCCCGAGCUGGUGCCCAUUCAAUACGGUGGAUUGAGCAGAGAGGGUGAACAGGAAUUCACCACUGCUGAUCCUGUUACGGAGGUCACAAUCAAACCAGCAACCAAACAUGCUGUCGAAUUCCCAGUUUCUGAGAAAAGCCACCUGGUUUGGGAAAUCCGAGUGGUGGGUUGGGAUGUGAGCUACCAAGCUGAAUUUGUGCCCAGCGCUGAGGAUGGAUACACUGUCAUUGUGCAGAAGAACAGGAAAAUUGCUCCCGCAGAUGAGUCCGUGAUCAGUAACGGUUUCAAAAUCGGUGAAGCUGGCAAGGUAGUACUCACCAUAGACAACCAAACAUCCAAGAAGAAGAAACUCCUCUACAGGUCAAAGACCAAACCCAUCGCAGAGUGACAUCAAGGAACGACAGUCUCUAAAUACAAUUCGUGUUCAUGUUCAUGUUCGUGAGGAUGUCGAGGUGAACAACAAUAAUAAGGGUGUUACUGUUACAUAUAUAUAUAUAUAUAUAUAUUCAUCAUCGUUACAACUGUGCAACUUAAUUCGGGGGUGGGCGGGGACUUCAUUCUUUCAUACCGGGUUAUUUUGGGUUACUUUGUUCAUUUGCUUCAUAAAUUAUUUUUGUUUCAAGUCUGGGAUUUUGGGCAAUCUCAUUGACACUGCCUAGUCUCUCACUGUAAUUUGGUGUUUUGUUUAUUUGUUUCUGGAAUUGGAUAAAACCUUUGCUGCUUGGAAAUUUUUGAAAUGGAAUGCAUCAACUGAGCCAAGCAAGUGAAGGAGGGAACAACAUUGUGGGGUUCAUCAUUUGUACAUCAAAAUUUGUCACUCCUGUUUGCAUUGUGAUACUCUUUAUGGCUGUAAAGUUUGUUUAAAUGUGAUCAUCAUGUAUUCCUUAAUCCCGUAUAUAAUUAAAAAUUUACUUUAUUGUUUC